AUGUCUGAAGCUCAACAAAAGAGACAAUUUGGUGACAAAAAAAGAAGAGGUAUUAGAAGAGGUAGAAGAGAUGGUGAAGAAAAAGGUUGGACUCCAGUUACCAAAUUAGGUAGAUUGGUCAAGGCUGGUAAAAUCACCUCAGUUGAAGAAAUUUACUUGCACUCUUUACCAGUCAAGGAAUUCCAAAUCAUUGAUUUGUUAUUACCUGAAUUGAAAGAUGAAGUUAUGAAGAUUAGAUCUGUGCAAAAACAAACCAGAGCUGGUCAAAGAACUAGAAUGAAGGCUGUUGUUGUUAUUGGUGACUCCAACGGUCACGUUGGUUUGGGUAUCAAGACAGCAAAGGAAGUUGCUUCUGCUAUUAAGGCCGCUAUUGUUAUUGCCAAAUUAUCCAUCAUUCCUAUCAGAAGAGGUUACUGGGGUUCUAACUUGGGUCAACCACACUCAUUACCUUGUAAAGUCACCGGUAAAUGUGGUUCAGUUACCGUUAGAUUGAUCCCAGCUCCAAGAGGUAAAGGUAUUGUUGCUUCUCCAGCAGUUAAGAAAUUGAUGCAAUUGGCUGGUGUUGAAGAUGUUUAUACCACUUCUUCUGGUUCUACCAGAACAACUGAAAACACUUUGAAAGCUGCUUUCGUUGCUAUUGGUAACACCUAUGGUUUCUUGACACCAAACUUGUGGAAAGAAACCCCAUUGAUUGCUUCACCUUUGGAAGUUUACGCCGAAGAAGCUUCCAGUGGUAAAAAGAGAUAUUAG